AUGAAUCGGCCGCCUUCGAGGUCGCGAGCUCCGAUGAGCAUGGAGGCCUUGCUUGAUGAAGAAAACAGAGAAGUUCUAGCUGCCCUCGAUCGAAAACGACCCUCCAGUCCCAUUCCCAGGUUCAAACCCCCGAGAACCGCCACUCCCCCGCCCGUCCGCAGCAUGCUCGACGUCGAUUCCCCCAUUCCUCGACAUGGCUCCAUAGCGGGCAUCGGUGUUGGAGUGACGAGUCCCAAUUCAUCCAGAAAGCCGGCCAAAGAACUCGAUCCUUCAGAUCCCAGCAGCUGGACCUCUCCUCAUUCCAGCAAACCGAGCUCUCCCGUCCUCACAAAGACCUCUCCAGUGAUCACGAGACAGCGAAACUCAUCAGAGACUGAACGCCCAGUAGGGUUGCCCAAGAUACAAACAGACGAGAAGCGCGGUUUUGAACAAAACUAUCAGUUCGAUAUCUCCUCAAUACCUUCAAGCUCGCCCGCGUCACGCUCUCCUCCAAAUACCAAGAGACCACGUGAAGGUUCUGGUUCCGCCAUGGCUGCGGCUCUGUCAGGGGAUCUCACUUCCUUACACGUAGGCGUCCCUGGAGGAGGCCAUGGAAGACAUAAUUCUACCGUGGCCGCGGGUGCUAGUUCGAGGUCUCCAUCCUCGCGCAUCCGGAAGCCUGAACCUUCAAGACCAGGAUUUCUCAGUCCCACCUGCCCAUCUGGCCCCUUGACGACGAUAUCCGGAACUGUGGUGGAUGAGCAGGCGCAUCUUCGAUUGUCGUCGAGCAGCUUCUCGACUACGACCGAUGACUCGGAAGAAGGACUUGAUCGUAUCAACAAAGACAGCGUUGCCGGCGAGGAGGAUGCUGUGGAUGACAGUGAUGAGGAUGUCAUGUCUCCAAGUAGUGAUGAGGACGAGACUAGGGGUCGGUCGGAGAGACGAAAAUUGUCAGCAAACCACGAACCAGCCGAUGCAAAAUCUCCCGACACAAAUGGCGCUUCGUCACCUGAGGAUCUCAAGAGGACCUCGCACUCUAAGCAAUUUGUCAGGUCGUUGCUUGAACCAUCCAUUUCCAUUACCAGUCCAACGGGGGAAAAUGUCACAGACAAGAAAGGAGGCUCAAGUACACCUAUCAGACGGUCAUCUGUAACGUCGGUUGAGGAUGACGAUGAGGAAAAUGCAGCUAUCAGAAAGGCCAAAACUUUGGCGUUGAACAUAUCACCACUUGACUCCGCAGUGGCUGACCGUCAUGUACGAAUCAUCUUGCGAGGCAACUGGGCCCAUUUCUACCAGGAAUCAGAAGCCGGCAAAAGGACGGCAAGACUCUACCUCCUUUGCAGCGAUCAAAGUGUCGAAGCAAGCUACGCUAUGGAAUGGGUCGUCGGCACCAUGAUGAGGGACGGUGACACUCUCCUGGCCAUCUACGCGAUGGAAGAUGAGAACGCCGGGAAGACCACCGAAGCCGAAAAAGACGUCUUGACAGCUGAAGGGAACAAGGCUGGAAAGGACGCUUCCGACGUCAUGCACACUCUCACCCGCCAGACAACACAGGGAGGUGGCACAAGUUUCGGGCUAGGAAAGGAAUCCCAAUACGUCCCAGCAACUGAAAUAGAGAGCCUGACUGGUAGUGUCGAUGCGAGAAAGGUCUCUAAGAAAGAAAUGGAGCGUCUCAAGGCCGUUGAGAGCCUGACCCAGGACUUUGUCAAGUUGGUUCGCAAGACACCACUGCAAGUGAGGUGUAUGGUCGAAGUCAUUCAUUGCAAGAGUCCGAAACAUUUGAUUCUUGGAGCGAUUGACGAACUCGAACCAACCCUCUGCGUCGUGGGCACACGUGGCCGCAGUUCUCUCAAAGGCGUCCUCCUCGGCUCUUUCUCCAACUAUCUUGUCACCAAAUCAUCGGUGCCUGUCAUGGUUGCACGAAAGAGGAUGAAGAAACCGCAUUCAAAUAUCCGCAUCAGCAGUUCUAAAAUACGUUUGUCCAACAACUUGACCGCCAGCCAUUUGCCCACCAAACGACGAACCUUGACACAGGCGAGAAUUGAUUAG